UUGUGUCCAAUCGUACCGUGGUCAAUCGGGACGCUCCCUAUUUUGACGAGUUUAAUGGCCAUUUCACCAUUUCCAGUUACCUUAACUACUGGUUAAAUGUGCACGGUAAUUGGUUAAUCUUGUUAAACGACAAGUGCGAUUGGUGAGUUCCAACAGAAUAAUUAGCCGGUUAAGAUAAUCGGAGAUGGUGAAAAUGGCCAUAAGAGGUUAGAUUUGGUUAUAAAGCGUCAUUAUUAAGAAAUAAAAGUUUUUACGCAUUUGAUACGUCAAAUUAUAUGUUACAAAAAAAUAAAUCUCACAACAGGACAAUCUUCAAAGUAGUUGAAACAACAAUUAGAUACAUCUGAAUUUUAACAGAUUUGGAGAGAGCAAAAAUGAGAUUAAUAUCAUGCUUGUUACAACGUGGUGUGGGAGAAUGGUCAAAGAAAUAUGCAAAUUUACCAGAAUCAUAUAUUAAACGGACAUUGGAACAGUUUACUUGGAAGACACCUCGUGGAAAGCCCAAUUAUUUGCCACGUGCAGUUGGAAGAAGACGAUUUUAUUAUUCUAUACAUCGUCCAUGGACUACAGAGUUUAGUCGCGAUAAUCAACGUGGCCGCAACAUGCAAUAUAUCCAUGUUGAACCCAUCAAGAAAUGGUCUUUUUUUCGUGGUGAUAGGGUAGAAGUUUUAGUAGGAAAAGAUAAAGGAAAGCAAGGAAUUGUGAAAGAUAUUUAUCAAGAAAGGAAUUGGAUUAUAGUCGAAGGACUUAAUACAAAGUUGACUUCCAUCAUGAAGGAAAAAAACUUUCCUGGUUUAUACAUACAACGGGAACAACCAUUACUAGUAACCACAGAUGUGCAAUUAGUUGAUCCUUCGGACAUGGAAGGAACGUCAAUAGAAUGGCGAUACACAGAAGAUGGCAACCAUGUACGCAUAUCUACAAGAACUGGUAGAAUAAUUCCUAUUCCUCAUUCCAGUAUGGAAACGAAAGAUUAUAAAAGUCCCAAAUUAUAUAAAGAACAACCAAAGGAUACAGUUAGUGCUGAUGUACUAAAAGUAACUUUUAAGCCAGCGUUAAAGACUUUUGAGAUGGACAUUAUGGAGAACAUGGGUAUUAAAGAAGAUCGUGUUCCAAAGAAAUGUUAUUGGUAUUGAUCAUCUCUAUGUACAAUUUGCUGUUAUUACGAUUUUUAAUGUACAACUGUAGUAUUUAAUAAAUAUAUUAAACGAACACACAAAAAGAUUG